AUGCCUGGAUACGCUUGGAAAGAGGAAGAAGAAGCCUUGGUGGUGUACUUUGCUUGUUUGGGCCUCCAACAUCGCGUGAUUGCUGAGCUCCUCAUGCAGCGUGGCCUUCACCGCACCGGGGUUGCUGUUACGAACAAAAUUGAAGAAAUCCGGAAAAAGAACCACACUGGUCCUUUGAGGAAAUUGACAAGAUAUGAAGCUGAUUGGCUGGUUGUUGGUUUAUCUGCUGGCCAUAACAUGGCUAGUUUAUUCGUACCGACACCUGAGGACCAACAGAUUGUGAACAAAGUUCAUCAGAGAGUCGACCUUUGGGAAGAAUAUCUAGCCUUGGUAGGUCGCACAGCUUGGCCAGCUGAGCUGGCCAAGCAGACCUAG